AAACUGUUGGGAGUCUCUCAAGCUGAGAUUAGACAGAAAUGUCAGGAGAGGGUGAAGGAGCUGGAGGAACUCAAGACUGCUGUGGAUUCACUCAAAAACUCUGCCCAACGAGCCAUGGUGGAGAGCCAGAAGAUGUUCGAGGACAUGAUCCGCUCCAUUGAGAGGAUGAGGUCAGAGGUCACCAAACUGAUUGGGAUCAACGAGAAGGCUGCSUUCAACCAGGCCGAGACGUUGAUAGAGCGACUGGAGCAGGAGAUCGAUGAACUGAAGAAGAAGGAGACUGGCCUCAAACAGCUUUACAGCACCGAGGACCACAUCCACUUCCUGCAGAACUUCAACUACCUCUGCACCCCCACCGAUGAUGGCUUCAUACCCAAGGUGACGGUCAAUCCGGACUUCUCCUUCGGGGCGGUCAGGAAGGCCGUGGCUGAGAUUAAGGAACGCCUCGAGGAGUUUGGCAGGGAGGAACUGCUCAGAAUUUCCAAGACAGUGAACGAGGUCCCAGUUUACACCACUGAGAGCAGAACACUGGACAGGAGGAGYAGAGGUACAGGCAAAGAAAUGACGGUGGACAACACUCCUCCUCCAGAGCCAAAGUCCAGAUCUGAUUUUYUGAAAUACUUCUGCCAGCUGAAGCUGGACCCCAGCACAGCCUACAAAGAGUUGUACAUCUCUGACAACUACAGAAAAGUGAUCCGCACCAGAGACCUGCAGCCCUACGGAGACACCCCCGACAGGUUCGACAGCUUCGCCCAGGUGCUGUGCCGGGAGGCCCUGUCGGGGGGCCGCUUCUACUGGGAGAUCGAGUGGAGCGGCGAGUUCUCCAUCGGCGUGGCCUACAGGGGCAUCAGCCGCAAGGGCAAAGGCUCGCUGUGUCUCCUGGGCUACAACGACAAGUCCUGGAGCCUCCUCUGCUCGGACUCGGGCUACUCCGCCUGGCACAACCGAGUGGACAAAGCCGUGAGUGGCCCCCACUCGUCCAGGAUAGGUGUGUACCUGGACCACACGGCGGGGGUGCUGGCCUUUUAUAGCAUCGGUAACACCAUGAGCCUCCUGCACAGGUUCCACACCACCUUCACCGAACCGCUCUACCCUGGGUUCGGAGUCGGCACAUCUGUCAAAAUAUGUAACCUCAAGUGAAAAACAGAUAAAUGUGCUGUCAAUCACAUUUAAACUUUAGCUUUCUAUGACAUCAUUAAUAACCACAGUCACUCUGUUAUCAAGCACUAAACUGCUCUUUUCUUUUUGAUGUUACAAUGUGUUAGUACUAAAUGUCACAAUCUAACCGAAUUUACAUCUCAUUUCAUACCACCGUGACUAAAGUACUUCACAUGUUAUAAUUACUGUAUUUUUAUCAUUUGUUUUAUACUGUUUGAUAAUUGUAUGGCAGUUUAUUUUUUAUAUUUCACUUGUUUGAAAAGGUUGUUUUGGUUCAUUAAAAGGGUUUUAUUUUCAGUAAAAUCAUUUCAUGGUGCCAUCUUCUCCAGUCUGUGUGACCCCAGGUGCUGAGAGCCCAAACUGUUUAUUUUUUUUUUUCACUUGAACCAACUCCUAUUUAAUUUUUUUUAUGUUUAAUUAAAGAAAAUACUUGUUUUGUAAUGAUUGUCAUUGACAGUUGUAAAUAAAGAACUAAAUGAAUGA